GCUUCCAUACGUUCCAAAUAUACACUCAGGACAAUAAGUCUAAAGCCAUCAAAUCCAAAAAAAAAUAUUUGUUUUAAUAAUCUAAGCUUCAUCAAUGGCGAAUCAAGCAGCUAUAGCAUUUUUCUUUUUCGUUUUGGCGGUCUUCUCCAACUUGGAGCUCUCGUCUUCUACGCUUUUCCAUGGCAAGGUCUCUUGCCUUGACUGCCACCGCGGUUUCGACUUCUCAGGCGUUAAGGUUCUCCUAAAGUGCGAAGGCGAGAAGAAACACAUAACCACGAUGGCGACUUCAGACGGAUCUUUCCGGUCAGUGCUUCCGACCAAUGACAGAAAACACUCCAUGAACUGUCUUGCAAAGCUCUUGGGAGGUCCUGAGCAACUUUAUGCUCAUAAACACAACAUGGUCUCUGAACUGGUUAAGUCAAAACACGAUACCAAGGUUCUUACUACCUCAAACCCACUUUCCUUCUCUCUCUCAUGCCCUAAACCAACUGGAGAUAAUGUCGGAAACAUGAUAGGAGAUUCGAAGACUGUUAAUUUUCCUGGGACAGGAGGUUUUGGAUUCCCACCUGCUAGCUUCUUUCCCUUCUUACCAAUCAUUGGCAUCCCAUGAUUUUAAUUAAAUGUGCUUGAUAAGACGGGGGACGUAUUUAUUCAUAAAUGUUGUUGUUUAUGUGAAUUUAAGUGAGCGAACAAAAUUGUUUUUGUUUUGUGAGAUAUAAUUAAGGUUUGUUUAUGUGAUAAGAAAAUGUUGGUUAUCGGCUUCUUGGAUCCGUUGCUUUGUACCAUGUUUGUGAUAAUAAUAAAGAUUGCAUUAGUCCAACAAAA